UUAGUAAUAGCCAUGAAUUUGUAUCUUAAGGAAGGAUUGUGAGUUGGUGAAUCCACUUUUCUAUUCAUGAGAAGCCCUAUGAUCUGACUUGAAAACACAGUAACCUUUUUAAAAAUUUCGUAGUUUUUUUAAAUCUUUCUUUUCAAGUAAAUAUUUUAGGAGAGAAUAGCUUAGGUGCCUUAGAAGUUGCAAGGCCUAGAAAUCCACAUUAACACAGCUUUCAUAUGCUUGAGUUUGGUCUACGUCCAUUUAUCUAAGCUAAAAAAACCAACUUCCCUAUUGAUUAAAGCGAUAACAGUUAUAAGGACGCAAAGGAACACCCUUGAAUGGCAAGCCGAAUCCGCGGGACAGUGAGUUGUCGCGAGACUGUCCCUGACAUCACCGGUUGCCGUGGUAGCACCCGCCUUAAAGGAGAAGGGGUGGUGGUGGAGGCUGUUUCAGGCCUGCGCUGGCUUCUGCGGAGAGCGAGGGCCUCUUCUGCAGGUCUGACUGCUGCUAAAAUGAGCGGCCUGGAUGGAGGCAGCCAACUUCCGCCCACUGCACCCGCUCCUCCCGAGCAUGCCCCCGAAGACCUGGACCUAAAGCAGCGCCAGGGCCGCGGCGAGGCGGCGGGGGCGCCGGCCAUGGCGGGGCGGGCCGCCGUGCGCCCGGGCCUCUGGGAGCCGCAGCCCGGCGGCGCGGCCUGGCUGGGAAGACGCUCGGCCUGCUUUUGGGGGCACGGAGGCAAGCUCGGACUCUGUGGUGAGCGCCGACCGCCCGGAAAAUGGCGGUCGGCCUGGAGAGCCGCGCAGUCCCGCAGCACCGAAGGCUCCAGAGGCCCCAGAGGCCGGUGGCCCAGGGCCUUUGGGGUUACAGAUGAUGCCUGGAGCGAAGGCCGAGGAAAUGACCACCAAGAUGUGCACCGUCUCAGCGCCCUCGGAAAAGGAGGGGAAGGCAGAGGCGGUGAUGGAGGAGAAGGUAGUCCAGACGGAAAAAAAGAUGGCUGGAGCAGGACAAGAGGAGACAAGGCCCGGGGCCCCGAAGGUCAGUACCUGCAUGGACUCGCUGGAGGCCAUCGAUCAGGAGCUGUCGAACGUAAACGCCCAGGCUGACAGGGCCUUUCUCCAGCUAGAGCGCAAAUUUGGCCGGAUGCGGAGGCUCCAUAUGCAGCGCAGGAGCUUCAUCAUCCAGAAUAUCCCAGGUUUCUGGGUUACAGCCUUUCGGAACCACCCGCAGCUGUCUCCUAUGAUCAGUGGCCAAGAUGAAGACAUGAUGAGGUACAUGAUCAAUUUGGAGGUGGAGGAGCUUAAACAUCCUAGAGCAGGCUGCAAAUUCAAGUUCAUUUUUCAGAGCAACCCCUACUUCCGAAAUGAGGGGCUAGUCAAGGAGUAUGAGCGAAGAUCCUCUGGCAGAGUGGUGUCUAUUUCCACGCCAAUCCGCUGGCACCGGGGCCAGGACCCCCAGGCCCAUAUCCACCGGAACCGGCAAGGGAACACAAUCCCCAGUUUCUUCAACUGGUUCUCAGACCACAGCCUUUUAGAAUUCGACAGAAUUGCUGAGAUUAUCAAAGGGGAACUGUGGUCCAAUCCCCUGCAAUACUACCUGGUGGGUGAAGGCCCCCGCAGAGGAAUUCGAGGCGCACCAAGGCAGCCUGCGGAGAACCCCAGGUCCUUCAGAUUCCAAUCCGGCUAACUUACGUCCUGUGAGAAGCUCCUGCACAACUUUUACCGACCUCGAUGCUUGGCCAGCAGCAUGCAGCGUGCAGUCUUCCGUCUCUUCUGUCUUCUUGGAUUAUUUUGGCCUUUGGUUCUCCUAAAUCUUCAGCAGUGGCAGUUGUCGCUUAUUUGCCUCUGGGCUUUCCCGUUGUUCUGCGUUGUGUUAACAUGUUCCCAGCUCAUGGCCUGCUGUUUCUGUGCCAAGCUCAUGAUACUGCCUUCCUUUGCAUGGCUUGGGUUCCGUGACCAUGGUCUUCUCAGAGUGUUUUAAGUGGUUCUCUGCCACAACAAAGUUCGAUGCAUCUUUGCAAAUAAUCAGGCAGGCUUCCUACUUUAUGCUGGCUGUGCUCCUGAUAGCCAUGUACUGUGACUGUCUUGAGUUUCACCACUGCAAGAUGAAAUUGAUACCCCAACCAGGCUGCCAUCAACUCAGACUUGACUGAACAUUCCAGCUACCGCUGUCUGGUUCCUAGACGUUUGUUAUCCAUCCUGCUGGUUAUCUGGUAGAACAAGCAGGUAGUUCGUGGGUGACUACCUAGGCAUGGGUGAGGUGAUACAUGCAGAGUGUUUUAUGAUGUUGAUUGGUUGUCCGUUUGGUUACUGUACAUCAUGAUCAGCUUCUGGUGGGUCUGAAAUGCUUCAGUGCACACUUGUCUCCUGGUUGAACUUUGCACAGGUUACCACUGUCUGUCUUAGGAACCUGCCUCCAUCUCAUGAUUACCCAUCAACCCAAGUGGUAGUGCCCAAAUCAAGGCAGGGAUGGGUUCCUUCCAGCAGUUAGCCUUUGUGAGCCCUGUGCUACAAUCUGAAUAUAGGCAGCUCUGUUAGACAAACAUCUUUACCCCUUCCAUGCCCAUGCUGAAUGGGGCAGUGGUCUUGAGUGGGGCCACUGAGGCUUUUCAGGAACAUGGAGGAAGCUUGUUAUGCUGCUCUUACUCUUUUCUUUUCCUGUCUCCCUCCCCUGCCUCUUUGUGUGGGAGUUGCAGCUUAGAGACAGAAAACAAAAGUGAUAGAGCAGUGUUUUUGUUUCUUUGAUUUCCUUUAGGAUGUGUACAGAGAAAGGUACUAUAAAAUAGAUUGCAUAUCUCUUAAUGCCGUCAUUUCUGUGCUCCAUUUUUUUUUUUUUUUAAGCAAGGUCAAAAAGUUUCAAAGGGCGAUCUAUAGGUUAAUUGCUUAAUACUGAGUGUUCUUUUAGGAUAAUCCCACCCUUUUCUCUUAUCCAACCCACCACAUCCUGCGUUUCUUAAGCUUUAGUUUGAGAAGUUAGGAGUAAGAGAAGGCUCUGAGUGAUGGGUUCAAGACAGACCCUCAGCAGGAUCAGCUAAAGCAACUAAAACUUCAUUUUUCUAAGAGGGCAGUUUUUCUGGGUGUUUUGGACUCUAGAGAAAAUCCAACAGCAGUUUGUGGGUAACCCCAUUUUAAUUACUGCGCUGCUGUCCCAAAAGGCUCAUUCUGACUGUGUGGCUUUCUUGGCCUUCAUUCCUCAACUUGUGAAUCUUUCCCCCUGCUUUUCGUCCUAACAGGUAAGGGGCCAGGCUACAGCCAGUGUGGGAGAUCCCACAGUGGAUCCAGGAGUUCCAUCAGAUGAGAUAGCAGUGCUAUGAGGGCUGCCUUAGUUGUGAGCUGCCCCCUUCUUUGAAUGUGCUGCCCUCUGCCCCAUGAAGGCUUAAGCAAGUCUGGACACAACCAAUGGAGUGAGUGCUCUAGUUAAGUAGGCCCAGAAGCUGAAAUUGAGCAUGGUGUGAACUGGCUUUACAAGGCUCCCAUUAAACCCUGAAAUCCUGUAGGAUCAGGGAUGGGAGGGAGACCUCUGAGGCGCUUUCCAGGUACAGGCAGGCUGGAGAAUCAAAGGGUUGAGGUUUAAAUAGGAUGCUUGGAGGAUUUCCUCCAGUUUUUCCAAAUUUCUUGAAUUCACCAAUAGAUUUUUGUCAACAAAUGUGCAAACAUGGAUAUUUUCUCUUAUCCUAGGAGUCAUCUUUAUAUAUGUGGAAGAUUAAUGGUAUAUACUUAUUUCACUGUUUGAAUAAAAUCUUUUUUUCUUACAGCCUAUUGGGAAAAUUGAUGUUUACAGGGCUGCUUUUUGCUUGUCAUGGAGAACAUGUACAAAAAUGUCAAAUUUGUGUCCUGUGCAGUGUGAAGACUUCUGUGACUGUUCAUGAAUAGAUUAGUUUGUUCUGGUGUCUUCGUAUAUAGCUUUAUUCUUAGGAAUAUAAUUUGAAUGUGAUCUUCAAAAAGUGAAGAUUUUGCAAAUUUUUUUUAUUAUGUCUUGUGAAAGUAUUCUCAAAAACUUGUGUCUUUAUAUCCCUUGCCUUACUAAUAAUGUACUUGACAUUUAUGUUGUUAACCAGCAUAAGUACUAGUAGAAUUGCUGUCAAACUAAAAGAGAAUCUGGAAGGAAAGGUAAAAUAUCAUUGCUAUUUUUGUUUUCACCAAAAAAAAAAAAAAAAAAAAAAAAGAAUAAAAAGUUCUGUGCUGUCCAGAUUAGUAAGAUUGGCAAAUCACUAAAAUUAUCAAAUGGUCACAGGGAAAUUAGGAAUUUUGUCACUACUUCUCACAGGGCUUUGUAGACCAAGAUGGUAAUACUUCUUUUAUGCCCAAAGGAUGACAGAAUCUCCUAACUGGUCUGGAGGUCUGCCUAAAGAAUAAGGUCCAGAACUGAGAAAAAAAGCAAAGCAUUGCAAGGAGCAGAGCAGGACUUUUGCAGUGAACUGAAUAGUUUGUGAGACAAUAUGUCUAAUAGCCUGAGUUAAUGACUAGUUAAGAGAUUACUUACCCUCCAAACCUUUAUAAAGUAGAAGCUGAGUAGUAAAAUUAUCAUUAGUAGUAACUGAAGUUGUGGUGUUUGUUACCAUGUUUUUUCUAGAUAUAUUUCAUUCUUAAUAGUUUAGGUAUUCUUUUUAAAGCACCACAGUGCUUUAGGAAAAUAAUUUAAGUAGCAUUUACAGAAUCUAGUGAUUGAUUCUUCCAAAAGUCUUAUCUUGGGCUCCUUAAGAGAAUUAGGCCAAGAGUAGCAUAGUUAACAUAAAUGUAGUAAACAAAAAUGGUGUUUAGAUAAUGCUUUUCCACAAAAUACUAUUUUAAAUGAUAAAAAUACAGGUGUUUCCCUUACUGCCCAAACUGCACUGGUUGUGUUGGAAAAAUUUCCUGCUUUCUUUAACUACAUGCAACUAUUAAAGAAUAAAGCUGCUUUUCUUUUUUAAUAUUUAAA